AUGGCGGAGGCUCGUUUUCUCUCACUACUUCUCAGCCGGGAUGGAGUUCUCCACUCUCCGAGUAUCAUCACAGCUGAAGUGAAUAAUAAAGAACGUGAGGCAAUGUACAAACGAGGUGGAGUAGUGUUUGUCUCUUCCCGGAUUCUCGUUGUUGAUUUACUUAUGGAUCGGAUGCCAGCGAGUCUCGUUUCCGGGGUUUUGAUUCUGCGUGCUCAUGAAAUGCAAGAGGCAUGUCAAGAAAAUUUCGCUAUUCGUUUGCUCCGUGAGAGAAACCCUUCGAUUUUCAUCAAGGCAAUGAGCGAUAAUGUUAUGUCAAUCACAUCGGGCUACAAUCAUGCAGAAAGAAUAAUGCUACAAUUGGGCAUCCCACGACUAAUAUUGUGGCCCAGAUUCAACGUGGAUGUGGUAACGUGUUUUGAUGACGCCCAGCCACAAGUUGAGGAAGUUAGGGUUAAAAUGACACCGAACAUGUUGAUUUGCCAAUCGUGUAUCUUGGAUUUGAUGAAAGCGUGUAUCAGGGAGCUUGUCGAUCUGAAUCCUUCAUUGUGCACCGAUGAUCUGAGCUUGGAGAAUGCAUUACUUCCGAAUUUCGACAUUCUGAUUGGUCUGCUUUUGGACCCGGUGUGGCAUCAACUAAGUGCGACUAGCCGUCGUCUUAUAGGAGAUAUUACCAGUCUGAGAAAAUUGCUUCGGUCCCUGAUCGAGAGUGAUGCGGUUGAGUUUUUGCAUCGAUUGGAAGACCAACGGCAAGCGGCCGUGUCCAGUCUGAGUAUGUCGGACCAGGCAAGACGCACUGUACGAACCUGCCCUGCCUGGUUCCUCAUGAAUCAAGCUGAUCGUUUACUUUCGGCUGCUCGAGAUCGCGUUUAUGCAAACUAUUCCCAAAAACAAGUCCAUAUCGAAUUGAAUCAGAAAUGGAUGACUCUGAUGGAAAUUCUCAAAGAAAUUUGCUCCACCAACCCUAGUGAUUCUUCACACAAUGGAUCAAUCUUAAUCUUGGUUGGACGAGAGCACACUGCUCGAUCACUGGAACGGUUUCUGCGCCGAGGACCCCGCGGAAUUCGACGCUUUUUGUGCAGUAGUGAGCAACUGGGAAGUGUAUACAAACCGUCGGAAACCAAGAUUUCACGAAUGGCCCAAUCAGCAACAAAUCAACCAACUGAUUCGACCGUUUUAACCUUGACUCAGCUGUGCCGACCAACUGGGGUAGCCUGUCAAAAAUCGUCAUCUGCUCGAGAUGCACACAGUGCGGAGAACUCGGACGCGGAUAGCUCAUCGUCGGAAAACGAGUCACGGCUGGGGGAAGGUGAAGCAAAAGAAGGACAGACUGCCAAUACAUCGGACGGGUCUCUUCCGCUUGGUUGUCGUCGUGUUCGAAUCUCCUCCCGUCUAUUACCCGCAUGUGCACAACACUACACUGUUCGUGUGAUCCUCCGAGUCCCACCCAGCACAGCCCAAGAAGACAGUGUCUCUAUCCUACCGGAGAAUAUGGAUGAUCGACAAACGGAUGACUAUGUCGCGGUAAAUGGUCAUCAUUUGGGCUAUGUACUGGACCGUUUUCAGCCGCGAUAUGUGAUUCUAUACGAACCGCGCGUGGCAUGGGUUCGGGAAUUAGAAGUAUACCAGGCGCGGCGUCACGGGAAAACAAUAGAUAAAGAGCUGGACGAAAAGACUGAUACGAAACAAGAGUGUGAAAAUUCGGAAUCGAUAGAAGUUCAACCAUUAGAGGUGUUCUUCAUGCUUUAUGAAAAUUCAGUUGAAGAGCAAUGCUACUUAACGAAUCUACGAAGGGAAAAGGAAGCGUUUGAAUCGUUGGUCGAUUUAAGCAGUCGAAUUGUUAUCCCAAAAGAUGCCUCCCUUCCAACCGGUCCUGGCGGAGAGUGGAAUGAGGGCCAACAGUCACGAGUCAUUGUGGACAUGCGGGAAUUUCGAAGUGAAUUACCAGCUCUCUUACACCGCAAAGGUUUAAAGGUGGAUCCGAUGACUCUCAGUGUUGCAGAUUAUAUACUGGCUCCUCAUUUGUGCGUGGAACGUAAAUCUGUGUCCGAUUUGAUUGGAUCGCUCAAUUCCGGUCGCUUGUAUCAACAAUGCACAGCCAUGUCUCGUCACUAUCCAAACCCGAUCUUAUUGAUUGAGUUCGCUCUGCCAGCUCGGACCACCGGUUCUCCAACUGUCCGCGGUGGUUUCGGUUUCCGUGGUGAAGCCACUACGGGAUUUUCACUGUACUCCGGAAGACACAGUAUUCAACCGGGUGCGGACUUCGAUUCUCGACACCUGCUUUCCAAGCUGACCUUGUUAACUAUCCACUUUCCCAAUCUACGCCUUUUCUGGAGUGUGACUCCUUACUGUACCGCGGAGUUAUUUACCGAACUGAAACAGGGUCGUGCUGAGCCAUCCGUUGAGCGUUUGCCACAAGUACUACAUCAUCGUCUUUCAGUGAUCGCUCCCUUGAAGCGAGAGCGAUACAACACUGUGAAUUUGGCCACUUCCACGCUUUGCGAUAGACGAUCAAAAGGGUUCAAUCGAUCAGGGUGUUGA